GAAGUGGGAGUCAGACCAGUGACACUCAAGAAUACUCAGAAGAUUCAAACAGAUACUCAGGAUCCAUACAGGGACGUGCUGGAUCUCAACACGGAGAAUCGGGAUCCACAAGGCAAGAGAGACAGGGAACUGCUCAUGGACAGUCAAGAGAUACCACUAGACGUACACAGUCUGGACAGAGGCAGUCCUCACACUCUGAGUCCAGGACAACACCAAGGAGAUCAUCUAUUCACAGUGAAUCAAGUGAAAGUGAGGGGCAGUCGGGCAUCUCCCACAGACACUCAGGAUCCACUCAGGGACAUGCUGGAUCUCAACACGGAGAGUCACGAUCCACAAGGCAAGGGAGACAGGGAACUGCUCAAGGACAGUCCAGAGACACCACUGGACGUACACAGUCUGGCCAGAGGCAGUCCUCACCCUCUGAGUCCAGGACAACACCAAGGAGAUCAUCUAUUCACAGUGAGUCAAGUGAAAGUGAGGGGCAGUCGGGCAUCUCCCACAGACACUCAGGAUCCACUCAGGGACAUGCUGGAUCUCAACACGGAGAGUCGGGAUCUACAAGUCAAGAGAGACAGGGAACUGCUCAAGGACAGUCCAGAGAUACCACUGGACGCGCACAGUCUGGCCAGAGGCAGUCCUCACACUCUGAGUCCAGGACAACACCAAGGAGAUCAUCUAUUCACAGUGAAUCAAGUGAAAGUGAGGGGCAGUCGGGCAUCUCCCACAGACACUCAGGAUCCACUCAGGGACAUGCUGGAUCUCAACACGGAGAGUCGGGAUCCACAAGUCAAGGGAGACAGGGAACUGCUCAAGGACAGUCCAGAGACACCAGUGGACGUACACAGUCUGGCCAGAGGCAGUCCUCACACUCUGAGUCCAGGACAACACCAAGGAGAUCAUCUAUUCACAGUGAGUCAAGUGAAAGUGAGGGGCAGUCGGGCAUCUCCCACAGACACUCAGGAUCCACUCAGGGACAUGCUGGAUCUCAACACGGAGAGUCGGGAUCUACAAGUCAAGAGAGACAGGGAACUGCUCAAGGACAGUCCAGAGAUACCACUGGACGCGCACAGUCUGGCCAGAGGCAGUCCUCACACUCUGAGUCCAGGACAACACCAAGGAGAUCAUCUAUUCACAGUGAAUCAAGUGAAAGUGAGGGGCAGUCGGGCAUCUCCCACAGACACUCAGGAUCCACUCAGGGACAUGCUGGAUCUCAACACGGAGAGUCGGGAUCCACAAGUCAAGGGAGACAGGGAACUGCUCAAGGACAGUCCAGAGACACCACUAGACGCGCACAGUCUGGCCAGAGGCAGUCCUCACACUCUGAGUCCAGGACAACUCCAAGGAGAUCGUCUAUUCACACUGAGUCAAGUGAAAGUGAGGGGCAUUCAGGCAUCUCCCACAGACACUCAGGAUCCACUCAGGGACAUGCUGGAUCUCAACACGGAGAGUCGGGAUCCACAAGUCAAGGGAGACAGGGAACUGCUCAAGGACAGUCCAGAGACACCAGUGGACGUACACAGUCUGGCCAGAGGCAGUCCUCACACUCUGAGUCCAGGACAACACCAAGGAGAUCGUCUAUUCACACUGAGUCAAGUGAAAGUGAGGGGCAGUCGGGCAUCUCCCACAGACACUCGGGAUCCACUCAGGGACAUGCUGGAUCUCAACACGGAGAGUCGGGAUCCACAAGUCAAGAGAGACAGGGAACUGCUCAAGGACAGUCCAGAGACACAACUAGACGCGCACAGUCUGGCCAGAGGCAGUCCUCACACUCUGAGUCCAGGACAACUCCAAGGAGAUCGUCUAUUCACACUGAGUCAAGUGAAAGUGAGGGGCAUUCUGGCAUCUCCCACAGACACUCAGGAUCCACUCAGGGACAUGCUGGAUCUCAACACGGAGAGUCACGAUCCACAAGGCAAGGGAGACAGGGAACUGCUCAAGGACAGUCCAGAGACACCACUAGACGCGCACAGUCUGGCCAGAGGCAGUCCUCACCCUCUGAGUCCAGGACAACACCAAGGAGAUCAUCUAUUCACAGUGAGUCAAGUGAAAGUGAGGGGCAGUCGGGCAUCUCCCACAGACACUCAGGAUCCACUCAGGGACAUGCUGGAUCUCAACACGGAGAGUCGGGAUCCACAAGUCAAGGGAGACAGGGAACUGCUCAAGGACAGUCCAGGGACACCACUGGACGUACACAGUCUGGCCAGAGGCAGUCCUCACACUCUGAGUCCAGGACAACUCCAAGGAGAUCGUCUAUUCACACUGAGUCAAGUGAAAGUGAGGGGCAGUCGGGCAUCUCCCACAGACACUCAGGAUCCACUCAGGGACAUGCUGGAUCUCAACACGGAGAGUCAGGAUCCACAAGUCAAGGGAGACAGGGAACUGCUCAAGGACAGUCCAGAGACACCACUAGACGCGCACAGUCUGGCCAGAGGCAGUCCUCACACUCUGAGUCCAGGACAACACCAAGGAGAUCGUCUAUUCACACUGAGUCAAGUGAAAGUGAGGGGCAGUCGGGCAUCUCCCACAGACACUCAGGAUCCACUCAGGGACAUGCUGGAUCUCAACACGGAGAGUCACGAUCCACAAGGCAAGGGAGACAGGGAACUGCUCAAGGACAGUCCAGAGACACCACUAGACGCGCACAGUCUGGCCAGAGGCAGUCCUCACCCUCUGAGUCCAGGACAACACCAAGGAGAUCAUCUAUUCACAGUGAGUCAAGUGAAAGUGAGGGGCAGUCGGGCAUCUCCCACAGACACUCAAGAUCCACUCAGGGACAUGGUGGAUCUCAACACGGAGAGUCGGGAUCCACAAGUCAAGAGAGACAGGGAACUGCUCAAGGACAGUCCAGAGAUACCAUUGGACGUACACAGUCUGGCCAGAGGCAGUCCUCACACUCUGAGUCCAGGACAACACCAAGGAGAUCAUCUAUUCACAGUGAAUCAAGUGAAAGUGAGGGGCAGUCGGGCAUCUCCCACAGACACUCAGGAUCCACUCAGGGACAUGCUGGAUCUCAACACGGAGAGUCGGGAUCCACAAGUCAAGGGAGACAGGGAACUGCUCAAGGACAGUCCAGAGACACCAGUGGACGUACACAGUCUGGCCAGAGGCAGUCCUCACACUCUGAGUCCAGGACAACACCAAGGAGAUCGUCUAUUCACACUGAGUCAAGUGAAAGUGAGGGGCAGUCGGGCAUCUCCCACAGACACUCAGGAUCCACUCAGGGACAUGCUGGAUCUCAACACGGAGAGUCACGAUCCACAAGGCAAGGGAGACAGGGAACUGCUCAAGGACAGUCCAGAGACACCACUAGACGCGCACAGUCUGGUCAGAGGCAGUCCUCACACUCUGAGUCCAGGACAACACCAAGGAGAUCAUCUAUUCACAGUGAGUCAAGUGAAAGUGAGGGGCAGUCGGGCAUCUCCCACAGACACUCAAGAUCCACUCAGGGACAUGCUGGAUCUCAACACGGAGAGUCGGGAUCUACAAGUCAAGAGAGACAGGGAACUGCUCAAGGACAGUCCAGAGAUACCAUUGGACGUACACAGUCUGGCCAGAGGCAGUCCUCACACUCUGAGUCCAGGACAACACCAAGGAGAUCAUCUAUUCACAGUGAAUCAAGUGAAAGUGAGGGGCAGUCGGGCAUCUCCCACAGACACUCAGGAUCCACUCAGGGACAUGCUGGAUCUCAACACGGAGAGUCGGGAUCCACAAGUCAAGGGAGACAGGGAACUGCUCAAGGACAGUCCAGAGACACCACUGGACGUACACAGUCUGGCCAGAGGCAGUCCUCACACUCUGAGUCCAGGACAACUCCAAGGAGAUCGUCUAUUCACACUGAGUCAAGUGAAAGUGAGGGGCAGUCGGGCAUCUCCCACAGACACUCGGGAUCCACUCAGGGAUAUGCUGGAUCUCAACACGGAGAGUCAGGAUCCACAAGGCAAGGGAGACAGGGAACUGCUCAAGGACAGUCCAGAGACACCACUAGACGCGCACAGUCUGGCCAGAGGCAGUCCUCACAUUCUGAGUCCAGGACAACUCCAAGGAGAUCGUCUAUUCACACUGAAUCAAGUGAAAGUGAGGGGCAGUCAGGCAUCUCCCACAGACACUCAAGAUCCACUCAGGGACAUGCUGGAUCUCAACACGGAGAGUCGGGAUCCACAAGGCAAGAGACACAGGGAACUGCUCAAGGACAGUCCAGAGAUACCACUGGACGUACACAGUCUGGGCAGAGGCAGUCCUCACACUCUGAGUCCAGGACAACACCAAGGAGAUCAUCUAUUCACAGUGAGUCAAGUGAAAGUGAGGGGCAGUCGGGCAUCUCCCACAGACACUCAGGAUCCACUCAGGGACAUGCUGGAUCUCAACACGGAGAGUCGGGAUCUACAAGUCAAGAGAGACAGGGAACUGCUCAAGGACAGUCCAGAGAUACCACUGGACGUACACAGUCUGGCCAGAGGCAGUCCUCACACUCUGAGUCCAGGACAACACCAAGGAGAUCGUCUAUUCACAGUGAGUCAAGUGAAAGUGAGGGGCAGUCGGGCAUCUCCCACAGACACUCGGGAUCCACUCAGGGACAUGCUGGAUCUCAACACGGAGAGUCGGGAUCCACAAGUCAAGGGAGACAGGGAACUGCUCAAGGACAGUCCAGAGACACCACUGGACGUACACAGUCUGGCCAGAGGCAGUCCUCACACUCUGAGUCCAGGACAACUCCAAGGAGAUCGUCUAUUCACACUGAGUCAAGUGAAAGUGAGGGGCAGUCGGGCAUCUCCCACAGACACUCAGGAUCCACUCAGGGACAUGCUGGAUCUCAACACGGAGAGUCAGGAUCCACAAGGCAAGGGAGACAGGGAACUGCUCAAGGACAGUCCGGAGACACCACUAGACGCGCACAGUCUGGCCAGAGGCAGUCCUCACACUCUGAGUCCAGGACAACUCCAAGGAGAUCAUCUAUUCACAGUGAGUCAAGUGAAAGUGGAGGGGGGUCGGGCAUCUCCCACAGACACUCAGGAUCCACUCAGGGUCAUGCUGGAUCUCACCAUAAAGAAUUGGGAUCUGGUUAUACACAGUCACAUAAUUCUCACCAGCUGUCAAGAGAUAAUAUAAGGUGGCAAUCAAGUAGUAUUCAUGGUCAGUCUGGAAGAAGACAUUUUCAGUCACAGAAUAGUAGAAAACAAAGACAUGGAUCAGGUCACAGUUGGAGGCAUGGCAGUUAUGGUUCUGCAGAGUAUGACUAUGGGCAGUCUG